AUGCCGCUGCAGAAGUCGGUCGCUUCCCGGACUCCCCAUUUACACCUAGUCCGCGGUAAAUUCACCGGCGGUAUCUUCACCACCCAGGUGUACUUCCCCGUGGUAAAGUUAGUUUACGAAGCGUGUAUUGCCCCGAUAGCACCUGCACGAGUGAGAGGGCAGCAGGUUGGAGGAUCAAGUGCCGUCAUGCUCUCACAUGCCGUCAUGCUCUCACAUGCCGUCAUGCUCUCACAUGCCGUCAUGCUCUCACAUGCCGUCAUGCUCUCACAUGCCGUCAUGCUCUCACAUGCCGUCAUGCUCUCACAUGCCGUCAUGCUCUCACAUGCCGUCAUGCUCUCACAUGCCGUCAUGCUCUCACAUGCCGUCAUGCUCUCACAUGCCGUCAUGCUCUCACAUGCCGUCAUGCUCUCACAUGCCGUCAUGCUCUCACAUGCCGUCAUGCUCUCACAUGCCGUCAUGCUCUCACAUGCCGUCAUGCUCUCACAUGCCGUCAUGCUCUCACAUGCCGUCAUGCUCUCACAUGCCGUCAUGCUCUCACAUGCCGUCAUGCUCUCACAUGCCGUCAUGCUCUCACAUGCCGUCAUGCUCUCACAUGCCGUCAUGCUCUCACAUGCCGUCAUGCUCUCACAUGCCGGCAUGCAGCAGUAA